UAUAUAUCGACGAUGGAAAACAGUAAGGGCGUAUCCCGUUAAAAAGUCGUAACUAGACUACGUAUAAGGUAAUAAUCAGCUUUUUUUUCUGCGUCGAUUAGUCUGGGUCCGGUUGCUCUAUGACGACAUGAAAUUCAAAAAUAAGACAGUAUUUUGAAAAGUGUAUUUAAUUUUUUGGGUGUAACUGCCCACAAAACAGCGUAUUUAUACUGUUUGGAGAUAAGACUAGUAGAAGUUUGUGUUUUAAAUAAAAAAAAUGUUACGCUGUUCCUGUUUAUAUGCACCACAGCUGUUACGACCUUUUUGCGGGAUGCAUUUUUUAUUCUUUCUCGCUUACGACGUUUUAGCGGUUCAUAUUUUUCUAAGAACAAAUAAUGACUUCUGAGAUACUACAAUUUCAUGGGUGAUUGAAAUCAACCCAAACCAUUAUAAAACCAUAUUAUCACCAUAAAUAUUUUGUACUAUGUAGUUAAUACGCGUCAUAGAUCCCGUCAUUUCUGGAAUAUUCUGGUUUUAUCUAACAUACGCCCCAGGCAGGUUACCUUAGUGGCUGCGCGGACGCCGUAAUGAAAGGUUGUGUGUGUUUUUGCUUUAGUGAAAUCGGGAUGCGACAACUUCUGUGUGUAUAAUUUCUCUUAAUCAAGAUGGCCAACCGAAGAAAAUGGAUAGAUGAUCUGAGACCCAUAAAAAGUGACGAGGAAAAUAAUAAAAAGAUUAAUGUUUUGAACGAACAAAUUUACAUAGACGGAAAACUGGUUAAGGAAACUAACAAUACAGAAAGAAAAUACGAUAGUAUAAAACAUGUUUCAAAGUUCCAAUACUCUAGUUCUAAUGAUAGUGAUUGGUUAGCACACCUGCCAUUGACUCCUCACCUGAGAAAACGUAAUGUUAAUUCGUUAACACCCACGUUUCGCAGUCCAAAUUCCUAUAUUAGGGAAACAAGGAAAGUACUAAAAAAGUUGACACCCCAAAAGUUGACUUACGCGCCCAGCCAAAUGGAAGAUUUGGGUACAUGUGAAAUUGAACAUGAAUUAGGUAGCAUUGACUUCAACGAGCUAAUUGAUUUUCAUGAUUUUAAAAAUGUUAAUGACAAUAAUUCAUCUCUCUUAAUCAGUGUGUCUGUUGACCACUUAUCGGAAAAUAACAACGUACCCCGAACUCCAUCUCCUCAACCUGGAACAAGUGACGAACCAGUUACUUACCGAGCUGCCAGCGUACCCCGACCUCCAUCUCCUCGACCUGGAACAAGCGACGAACCAGUUACUUACCGAGCUGCCAGCGUACCCCGAUCUCCAUCUCCUCGACCUGGAACAAGCGACGAACCAGUUACUUACCGAGCUGCCAGCGUACCCCGAUCUCCAUCUCCUCGACCUGGAACAAGCGACGAACCAGUUACUUACCGAGCUGCCAGCGUACCCCGAUCUCCAUCUCCUCGACCUGGAACAAGCGACGAACCAGUUACUUACCGAGCUGCCAGCGUACCCCGAUCUCCAUCUCCUCGACCUGGAACAAGCGACGAACCAGUUACUUAUCGAGCUGCCAGCGUACCCCGAUCUCCAUCUCCUCGACCUGGAACAAGUGACGAACCAGUUACUUACCGAGCUGCCAGCGUACCCCGAUCUCCAUCUCCUCGACCUGGAACAAGCGACGAACAAUCUCGCGAUGUCCCAAGCAAACGACAACCCAAACGAAAGGUUAAGCGAGACCACGGUACAAAACCAUCGUUCGACGAAUCUUAUAUAGACUUCGUUUUAGAUAAAGAAGACCGCGACACUCUAUUACUAAAUGAAGCUUUUCCUUCAGAAGACUCCGAUGACUGGAAUACUUCUGUAUCAGAUGAAUCAGAUGAAAUGCCUAAGAAAAAAAAGAAAAGAAAACAACAUAAGAAUAACAUAAGUGCAGAAAAAAAUAAACCAAAAACACAAAUAAAAAAAGAAAAUAAAAAAAAUAAAAACUUGGGAAAGUGUUAUAAAAAUAGCAAGGGGAUCAUAGUCGAAGAAAAAGCAAUGAAACCAAAUCCUUGUGCUAACACUAAAUGCAGUAAUCGUUGUGGUGAGAUAAGCGAGGAACGUCGUGAUAGAUUAUUUAGUCACUUCUGGAAACUCGAAAGCAUGCAAAGGCGAAGGGAUUGGAUAGCUCAGAUAACUGAAAAGAAUUAUACCAAAUCCAGUUCUGUUAAUGAGCCUGAAGCAUCGAGACGCAAAUUUACCUACACAUAUUUUAUAAACGAGGGCGAAGGAAGGCGAAAGGUUUGCCAAAAAUUUCUUAUUGAUACCCUUGACAUCACUCAAAAAUUUAUUUUGUACACUGUCACGCACAAAAUCGAUGGUUUUGCCAAAUCUGAUGAAAGAGGUAAGAACGUUUCACAUAAUAAAACACCUCCCGAGAUAUUAAAGCAUGUCAAAUCUUUCAUUUUAUCGCUACCGCUUUUGCCAUCACACUACUGCCGUAAGGGUUCACAAAAGCUUUAUUUACAGGAAGAAAUUAAGAAUAUUACCAAUUUAUAUUAAGUCUAUGUUGAAAACUGUAAGCAAGGUGAGACAAAGCCUAUUUCUUUGAAAGUAUUUUCAGCAUAUUUCAAACAAAAUUUUAAUAUAGGAUUUCACGUGCCAAAAAAAGACAAGUGCGUCUUAUGUAGUGCUAAAACUUACGACGUCCUUACAAAAGAAGAAAUUGACAAAAUGAAUGCACAUCUUCAAGAAAAAGAAUAUUCAUAUAAUCGUUUUAUAUUUCAUCAAAAUUUAAAUACAAAAGACAAAAGUGUAAUUUGCGCGAGUUUUGAUCUCCAAAAAGUGCUAAAUACACCUCAUGGCAAAAAUAUGUCUCUCUACUACAGCAGAAAAAUUUCCGUAUAUAAUUUUACUAUUUACGAAAGUGGAACUCAGGAAGGGUUCUGUCACAUUUGGAACGAAACAGAUGCUCACAGAGGGGCAAAUGAAAUUGCUACCAUUUUGCUAAACUAUAUAAAAGAAGUAGACAGUAGAGGCUGUGUCAAAACUCUGCUCUUAUAUGCGGACUCGUGCUAUGGUCAAAAUAAAAACAAAACAGUAUUGAGUAUGCUGCGUUAUGCAUUAGCGAAUAGUCAAAAUUUAGAAGUUAUCCAGAUAAAUUUUCUAGUUCCCGGUCAUACGUAUAUGCCAGUAGACAGCAUGCAUGCUGUCAUUGAGCGGUCCAUCAAGGAUACAAUGAUAUGGGCACCUUCUCAUUGGCCAACUGUUAUUGCCCUGUCACGAAAAAACCCGUUUCCAUAUAAAGUGGUGUCGAUGGAAGGAAAGCAAUUUAAGGGAUUCGAAGAUAUUAUAAAUAAGACAUUUAAAAAAACAGAGAAACUCAUGAUUUCAACCAUUAGCGUUGCAACUUUAAAAAAAAAUAACCUCAAUAAAAUGUUUGUAAAACGUUCCAUGUCAGCUGAGGCUGAGUGUACAGAAAUAACUCUACAUCCAUUUCAAAGAGAACUAUCGCCUAAAGAUAACCUUUACCCAAAUAAACUGCCAAUAUCGGCACAAAAGUAUGAAGACCUCAAAAAACUUACAAAAAAAGACAUACCGGCAGCAUACGCUAAUGAGUAUUUAGGUCUUAAGUAUAAUAGUAAGACAGUCGACUGCCUACCAGAUACAGAUGAAGAGGAUAAUGUCUGAAUUUUUACGAUAGGUUAAGAUAAAGAAUUGAAUUUUCUCAUAAACAUUCUGUAAACUACAAUACAACUACCACUGUUUUUUCUAGUCAAACAUUUACUUCAAUCGGAUUCAAAGGCAAUAAACCACGUAUUUCUUGUUUGAUUAGAAUCAACAGCUUAGUCUGAAUAUAUGUUGUUGUAGUUGGUUUGAUUUUAUAAUUAAUUAUUUUUAUAAGUGUUUAAUCUUGUUGUCUAUGUUGCACUAGACUUAUCUUUAGUUUUAUAUAUUUUCGCUUUGUAAGUAGUGUUUUCUACUUUAUCCAAUUUCAAUAAUGUUAUUUACCUUUAAAUAAUUUUCUACUGAAAAGUACCUAUUUACUAUUGUGGUUAAUUGAUUACCUUUAAGUGUUUUAAUAUUAUUUUAGUUGACAUAUAAAUUAUUAUUAUUGAUCUCAAGUUUUUAUUGACGUCAACAUUGUAUAGAGAUCACAAUAAUUAUGAUCCUCAUUUAAACAGGCACUCGUAAGUACUAAAGUUGUGCGUGUACCAAAAAGUUUUUACCUGUUUGUUAAAAUCAUAAUUACAUCCCUAGACACUGUUGUUUUGUCCUAACUCCUAGAGCAGAGGUAAGGAGUAAGUAAUUAGUUUAUUACAUUGAAUGUUAUUUUUGCUAUUGUUUUUUUUUAUGUUUUUCAAUGUCUAUUAGCUACCUGCUUAAUAUAGUACUACCUAUUGUAGUCUGUUUUCAACAAAUUGUGCCAAUUUACCACAUGUAACUUUUUAAAAGUUCAAUAAAUUUACGUUCGGAAAAGCUUACGACAUUUUAUUAAGGUCAUUGGGUUUCUUGAGGUUUAAAUUACGACCAAUUUUUUAACCGUUGUUUGCAUUAUGAAUGUGUUUACACCCCGUUCCUAAAAGGAAAUUAAAAGGAACACUUGUUACGACCUUUUUGGGGUCAGCGAAUUUCUUAUAAUUUUCUGAUUCAGUUCAAUCAUCAUGUCGAGAUACUACAUUUUUGAGGUCUGCAAUUUCUAUAUACAAUGGCUGUAACUCGAAUUACCUUGUUUCUAGCAAUAGAAAGUUAUUGGUUUGCAGUUCACUCAAUACAGGUUUUUAUUUUGUAGUAAUGGUGUAAAAAUCAUGUUCACACGAUUUGCCGUUAAAAAGAUAUGAUCGAAUUUCCCUAUUUUUUUCUGUUUUUUGGCUCUGGUGUAAAGUUGGGUUUGCACGGGUUACGCCCUUAUUGUUUUCCGUCAUCGAUAU